GCCGUUUCUCUCACCUCAGACCUUCUCGGAACGUCGUCGGAGGCAGGUGGCGAUAUUCGGGCCCGAUCAGACUCGCCGCUGGGCCGCCUCGCCGAGACCUCAUUCCGAAAGCGUGUCAGAGACGUUCGUCGCGCCGGAAGGUCGAAAGUGCUCGCGAGAAAAGACGCGAGAAAACGCGGGAUCUCUUAACGCGAGAGCGCGUUCCAUCGAGCUGAUCGAGAUAUCGAUCGACGAGAGCGAUCAGGUCGGAACAGGUGGAAACUCGGCGGAAAAACCCUCGGUUCCACCUUCGUCUCUCCCGCGAAACGGAGCGAGAAGCGCGAGCUGGUGAUUUCGAUGCGCGGUGCAGAGAUAAUCGGCGGAUCAAGGAGGACCGCGAGAAUAUCGCGCGGGUGCUCGUCUUUACGCGGUGCUCGAGGCUCGUCGUCAUCCGCGAUUCUCUACCUGGAAGAGUAGAGGUUCCCAGGUCCAGAUUCCGGAGGACCAGACCAGAGGAAGAAGGAGCGAGAGAGAUAGAGAAACAUGCCUGGCAGUCACGGAACCAGUCAUCGAGACUGCUCGCGGACGAAGCGAGGAUUAUGAGGACGUCGCACGCAUCGAGAGCGAAACACUGCGCCGUGCGAGAUCGUAGCGAGCGGUGAUCAAAGGACGACGGAGUCUCGCAGAGGAGUGCGAGAGAGUUCGUGAACGAGAAGUGGUCCUCUCUCUCGGACAAACGGAUUACAUCGUCAUGUAUCGGCCGAACUUUUACGAGAGCACGUGUCUGAGAUGCGCUCAGACCGUCUACCAGGUGGACAGGGUGGGUCCCCUAAAGGACUUUACGUUCUUCCACGCGGGUUGCUUCAAGUGCGCGAUCUGCGGUACCAAGCUCACCCUGAAGACCUACUACAACAAUCAGCACACGAUCAACGACAAGGAGGUUUACUGCAGCAGUCACGUGCCCAAACCGGGACCCGGGACCCUGGACGGGUCCAGUGUGGGCAUUCGGAGUGCCCUUAAUGUACCUAGAAGCGGUUACGUCAACGAGCAGAUCAGGGCUGGAGGUGCUUCACCUCGCGGCGUCUAUCCACCAUGUUACGAUAAUGUAGACUCGCCUAAUUAUGCCAGGCACCUGAACGGGCACGGCUCGCCGCCGGCGACGAACACCACGUCGUCGUCCCAGCGCGACGGCGGCAUCGGGGGCGCAUCCUCGCCGUACAAUCACAAUUAUUCCGGAGACGGCAGCUAUCAGUACGGCAGGUUCGACGCGAGCGCCCUUCACAUCGCCCAUGCGCUCAAGCAGACCGAGCUGCAGAAGGGCUACAGCAAGGCCCGCGAGAAACCCAUCGAUUAUUAUCUGGAUCGCGAUGAGCAGACGCGUCUCGAGAUGAAACACCGGAAAGAAGAGGAUGAUUUAUACCGGAAGUUUGCGCACCAUCGCGAGGAAGAGGACAGACGGAUCCGCGAAGAAUUCCGAGACGAGUGGGAGAAGGAGCUGGAACAAUUGUCAGCGAGAUGGGAACGGGAAAAAGGCGGAAGAGUUCGAACCCAACAAUUUCAGCAGGAGAAGGAAGACUUGGAGAAGAACAUGACUCUACGCAGGGACAAGAAGAAGGAAAGUCUCACGCGCAAGAUGUUGGAGCACGAGAGAGCGGCGACCGCCGCCCUGGUGGAGAAACAGAGCUCGGAGAUGCUGGAGCUGAUCAACGAGGCGAGAAGCGAGUACAUGCUCCAGGAGAGUUUAUAUCUCGACGAAGGAGACGGUUAUAUCCAGGAAGCGCCGCCUCCGCCUUAUCCGUCGCGCGCGCCACCUCCGCAGCCACCAGCCCUGGCCAAAUACCACAUCUACAAUGAUCCUCUGGAGUUCGCUGACAUGGAUCAGAUAGCUAUUUCGGUAGCGCAAGAAGAUCAGAAAACGUUCACCGAUCUGGUGCGACAGUUGGUGAGCAGAUGCGGCUCGGACAUAGAAAAGGCGAGGACAAUAUUCCGGUGGAUCACCGUGAAGAAUCUCAACACUAUGCAGUUCGACGAGAACUUACGAGGCGACACUCCCAUGGGUCUGUUGAGGGGCAUCAAACACGGCACGGAAAGCUAUCACGUUCUAUUCAAACGACUGUGCAGUUACGCGGGCUUGCACUGCGUGGUCAUCAAGGGUUACAGCAAGUCGGCGGGCUAUCAGCCGGGCGUUUGCUUCGAGGACAAUCGAUUCCGGAACAGCUGGAACGCCGUGUACGUGGCAGGUGCUUGGCGAUUCGUCCAGUGCAAUUGGGGGGCGCGACACCUUGUCAAUGCCAAAGAGGUUCCUCGUCCCGGCCAGGCGAAAGCCAAGAACGACAGUCUCAGGUACGAGUACGAUGAUCAUUACUUCCUGACGGAUCCCCGGGAGUUUAUAUACGAGUUCUUCCCGCUGCAAGAGGACUGGCAAUUGCUCAAACAACCGAUUUCGCUCAAAGACUUUGAGGAGCUGCCCUUCGUGCGUUCCCUAUUCUUCAGGUACGGCCUCUACUUUCCGGAUACGAAUACAAAUGCCGUUAUGUACACGGAUUCCACCGGCGCCGCAACCGUGAGGAUAGCGAUGCCGGCGCAUAUGCAAUCAUCCCUUAUCUUUCAUUACAAUCUCAAGUUCUACGACAACGACGGCGAUGGCUACGACGGCGUGUCGCUCAAGCGUUUUGUCAUGCAGUCGGUCGUGGGAAAUAUAGUCGCGUUCCGAGUUCACGCGCCUUGUUCCGGGGCCUUUCUUUUGGACAUAUUUGCCAACGCGGUAACGCCGAAGGAGUACUUGACCGGGGAGCCGAUGAAAUUUAAGAGCGUCUGCAAAUUCAAAAUCGCGUGCGAGGAGCUGCAGACGGUGAUGGUACCAUUGCCGGAUUGCGCCAGUGGUGAAUGGGGCCCCACCAAAGCCACCAGAUUGUUUGGGCUUAUACCCAUCACUCAUCAGGAGGCUCUGGUGUUCGCCGGGCGCGAGCUGGAGAUUCAAUUUCGCAUGUCGAGGCCGUUGACGGACUUUAUGGCGACCCUGCACAAGAACGGCAUCGAGGAGAAACGUCUGUCAAAGUACGUGACGCAUUCCAUCGCCGACGACGACGUGGUCACCUUCUCCAUAAGCUUCCCCGAGGAGGGCCAAUACGGUCUGGACGUCUACACCAGGGAAUCCACGGCCUCGCCUGUCGCUCAGCAUGACGUCACCGGCGAGAAGCAUCUGCUCACGCACUGCUGCAAAUAUCUCAUCAAUUCGAGCAAGAGGAAUUGAGAAAGCCCGAUUCUCUCGCUCUUGAGACGUGCAGUCGUUUCGGAAAUUUUUGUCCCGGAAAUUUCCUCCGCCCUAUGUCGUGGAAAAUCGUUACGAGGAUAUCCGGGAGUUUCGUUAAGACGAAAGGGAGAGAACGUAGAAAAUAUUCGCGAAUAAGGUGAACGCUUAUCGCGCGCGACGAGACGACGUCAACAAGUUUUACGAUUUCGAGAGAACGUCUCGUUUUUGUCGUAUCGACAGCUCGUCCUGUCCUUGCAGAAACAACGAUCCGGGAGCGUCUCCCGGAAAGUACAUUCGGCCAUUAACGAUCAACUAUCGACGCUGUCGUGAACCGAGAAAGAGGGAAAAGAGAGUAUAUAGAGGAUGCGAAGAGAGACAAUGGUGAAAGCACAGUGACGUUUUACGCCGAGUCUUUAAGGACUACUUUUAGGUCGCGCGCGCGCGGAUAAAGACGACACGGCAUGCAAUUCCGAGCUCUGACACGCUACCUCGAGUCUAACAAUAGGCUUACGACUUGGAGAUAACCGUUUAAUAGAAAAUUAACUAUGUGCACAGCAGUAUCUUCCUAAAGACGUCUUUCUUUCGAAAGAGGCCCUCGAGUCGAACAGGGUAUCCCUUCGUAUCUUAAGCGAUACGCCAUUUUUUCAACACCCGGUAUUUGUGGAACACACAGUUCAAACGAUCGUGCUUGUAUCAUCUACCGAGUCGAUAUUUCUAUAUAAUGAUCUUCUCCUCGCGGUUACGUAACGCGCUUCUUACGUAACGUAAUCAAAUAAAUUAUUACGAUCUGCGAUUCCGUCUCGUAAACAAUUUUCAUCAUAAAGUUCCCUUUACACCGACGUAUUUAUCCCGCUCUAUGAUUAUUACAGUACGUAUUUUGUUUUUUAUUCCCAGUACUAUUAUUAUUCUUAAUCGCGGAUUCAGAUUAUGUCAUGCGUGACGUAUAUAUAAAUCGGAUAAUAUAUCAGCAAAUAUAAUAUAUUUUACGUACAAAA